UCAUCAUUUGCCGUCGUUAACAGAUUGACGGGUCCUGUGCUCUGUAGUUGUCGUCGAAUUCGUCACGACAUUACUUGUGUUUUCUACGGUUCGUGGAUUAUUAUUGUCGUUUUCAUGUUCCAUUCGAAACCAUAGCCCGCCGAAAUUAGUGAAACAAUGUACGUGUGUCGAUAGUUUCUUAGUCCACCCUAUACCGACCGGGAACUCGCACACCGUUCUCUAUUUGUUUCUCGUUCCAAUUUAAUUUUUCGUUUUCCACCAUUGUUUUUUUAUCACAUAAUAAAAUCUAUUAUCUAUUUCAUCUAAUUUAUUCUGUAGUCAUAUUGAGGAUAGCAAUUUUAAAAAUUAACAAAACGUUUAACGCGUUGCCAAAAUGAACAUAACCAGAGCGGCCAAAGCAGGUCUACGACCCGGCGCAAAUAUCUACAAAAUUUACAACAAAAACUGUGGUGCUAUUUGUUUGAAUACACAACCAUGUACAUUUUCAAACAAUUUAUUUUACUCCUCAAAUCGAUUUCAUCCUGUUUCAUCCCUUAUUGUAACCAAAUUAGAAUUUUUCAACCCUAAUAUUCGUCAAAUAUCUUCCACAACAACUUUAUUUUCUGAAAAACCAUCUUCUAAAGUUGAAGAAACUGUUAAUGCUGUCAAGGAAAAAGCACAAAAAGGAACUGGAGGGAAAGAAGUUGUAACUGUCAAAUCUAAAAAGACAAUCAAACAGAAAAUUAUAGAUGAAGUGAUGCAUUAUUAUCAUGGUUUUAAACUUCUAGGACUCAAUGCAAAAAUCUCUUUUAAACUAGGUCUCAAAAAAAUUAAAGGUCAUGAAUUGACAAGAAGAGAACAUAAUUUGUUUGUUCAAACUGUGGCUGAUCUUUUCCGUCUAUUACCUUUCUCUGUAUUUGUGGUUGUACCAUUCCUAGAGUUUGCUUUACCUAUUUUCAUCAAGUUAUUUCCAGGUAUGCUACCAACUACAUUUGAAACAAAGGAUGAUAAGGAAGCAAAACUCAAAAAAUCUCUUAAGGUAAAACUAGAAAUGGCGAAAUUUCUUCAAGAAACUUUAGAUAAUAUGUCUGUAUCUGGUAAAGGACAUACAUGUGAUUCUGCUAAAGAAUUUGCUGAAUUUUUUGCAAAGGUUAGACAAGAAGGUGUUGUUAUACCAGCAGAUGAAAUGCUUAAGUUUUCAAAACUAUUCAAAGAUGAGAUUACUUUGGAUUCACUUCCUCGACCACAACUGGUUGCACUUUGUCGUGUAUUGGAACUGCGUCCAAUAGGAACUUCAAACUUUUUAAGAUUUCAACUAACACUUAAACUUCGUACUUUAGCAAUUGAUGAUAAGAUGAUUCACAAAGAAGGUGUUGAUUCUCUAACUUUGAGUGAACUUCAACAAGCAUGUAAAGCUCGUGGUAUGCGUGCUUAUGGUCUUACUGAAAAACGCCUGAGACAACAGCUCACCCAAUGGCUUAACUUGUCUUUAAACGAAAAAGUUCCUCCUUCAUUACUUCUUCUGUCUAGAGCAUUUAGCUUUACAGAAAAUAUUCCAACUAGUGAUUUAUUAAAGAAAGCUAUUUCUGCGUUGCCUGAUUCUGUUGGUGUUUCAACUAAAGCAGAUAUAAGUGAGCGUGAUGGUGCUAUUGACAAUAAGGCUAAAUUAGAAGCAAUUAAGGAGGAAGAACGUAAGGUGAAAGAAGAGAUAGCUGAAUGUAGGGAAGAAAAGAAAAAGGAACUUCAAGAUGCCAAAAAGAAACCUAAAGAGCAACCUAUUGUUGCUAAAGAAGAAUUGGUUGAUCAAGCACCUAUUCUAACUGACUCUACUGGAAUUAAAAAAGAAGAAGUAACAUCAACUGAUUUCAAAACAUUAGAAAAUGCUUUAGAAACAUUGAGUUCAAAUUCUGUGAAAAAAGAAGAAAUCCAAGAUAUAAAAGAUGAACUCAAAGAUUAUCAAGAGGAUGUACAAGAUCUUCAAGAAGUUAUGAAAACUGAGAAUAAAGAACAAGUUAGAGAAUCUAAGGCAGCUAAACAAUUAUUUAAGAAAGUUAAUAAUAUGAUUAAGAAUAUGGACCUGAUAGUCAACAAAUUGGCAGAAAAAGAAAAAAAAUUAAAACAAGAUUUAGAAACUAAAAAAUUAACUGAUGAAUGUGAAUUAAUCAAGAUUGAUGAAAUUAUUGAAGCUGUACGAAAAUUACAAAAUAUACCUGAUGAGGACAAACUACAACAAAUUAGUGAAGUUCUUAGUAAAAUCGAUAAUGAUCAUGAUGGUUCAAUAAGAUUAGAUACUGUAUUAAAAGUAUUGGAGCUGAUUGGCACAGAAAAUGUUAAAUUAUCUAAUAAAGAAAUGGAUAUGAUAACACAGUUAGUCAUAAAAGAAGAAGAGCUGGAAACAAUAGAAAAAAUUAAAAAAGUAAAACAAAUGGAAAAAGAUGAUGUAACUGGUAUACCAAUGCCCAAAAUAACAACGUCUACCGAAACUGUCAAAAAAACUAUAACACCAAUUGUUGAUUCAAAAAUAGUUUCUGAAUCAAAAAUACCACCAUUACCACCAACAAGUUCACCUAAAUCAGAUGAGACGAAAAAACUUUAAGUUUAUAAUACUUUAAUAAUGCUUUAUUAAAUUAUAAUAAUAUUUCAA